AUGUACAAUCUCGUGUCUCCUAUGGACUACGGGAGCUCCAUCAGGUCGAACAAAGUUCGCCGGCGUCGAAACAAGGCGAUCGGGAUGUUUCUCACGGACAAUUUGGCGCUGCCACUGCUGAAGUCUCUGGGGAAUGUGGCGUGGAACCUCAUCCAGAGCCAUUACGUGGGGUAUUUCGAAAACGAAAUGCUUGCCAAACGCCUCGCAUUGAUGAACGCUAGCGAGAUGGUACGAGAAUUCAAUCUCUCACUGCCAGUAGAUGCCAUCAUUAAGGCGGAGGACGAAGAAGCUCGACCUAACGCGACUUUGCGGUAUGCGUUCGAUGGAGCAAGCAAGCGAGCGCAGUUGUACGCGCCAUACACUGCGGCUUUUGCUCCGUACGAAGGCUACUCGGACCAGUAUUACACCCGCGACGACAAUCUACCCCCAGCAACGCUGCCUGCUGAUAGUUAUCCGUGGUUGUGUCUGAACGAAAGCGCAAUGAAUUCACGCGAUAUUCAAGCACUUGAGCAAAUCCAGCUGCUGGUCCAGGAAUUUUACUUCGAGACUGGUAUUCCUCGCUUCACGCUCCGCUCGAACGACACACACUCGCUUUUCCCGUCCUUGUCAGUUUUUCUCCAACUUUCGCCAACGAACUCUGGAGAUCGUAACACUACCAACAACGUGACAGGGAUCUCAAUGUACGCCGCGCUCACCCAUUUCUAUGGCUAUCCUUCGUUCGACAAGCGCUUUCGCGAUGAAAACGCGAUGGAUUGCACGAUGGAGAGUCCGUGCUUGAUGCAGUCAGGUGUUACCGUCUACACGCCUUCACUGGUGACACUGUCGCUGUUUCCAGUAUUCGCUAACACGAGUGUGGACCCAGUCACGAAGCGAUCGAUGCGACUGGAGGCGCUGAUGACGAUAGCUGAAGUGGCUUUUGAAGCCGAGAGGAGAGCACUUAGCGACGGUCUGCAAGGCCCUUCCACCGUCUGGUUCUCAACCCACGACCUUGACGUGGACGAGUUCGCCGACGCAGUGCUCGGAACUGUGAACAUGUCGAUAAGCAGCGACCCUACCCCACUGCACGUGUUCGAAAGCCUAAUGGACGACCAAGUGCCGGUACUGGACGAGGUAGUCUCGUACUACGCCGAUACCAACCACGACACCAUGAUCUCCAUGCAGCUCAACCACAGCGUGCCCAUGCUCGGCAACUUCGCUGAAAGUGAACUAGUCGAGCUGGUCAGUCAGCUAGCGAGCCAAAUGGAAGCUCUGGACCGCUCAAUCGCCUCCUACGCGCAGACUCGAGCCGCAAACCCGCAGUACCAAGAGGUCGUCUCCACCACCGAGCGAGGAGACUUCUACAACGGUAGUGAGUACACGUUGCUGGGCUUCGGCUUCAUCAUGCCCGCCACCAACGACAAGAACGUGCUCUACCACGACAUGAAGCUCCCCGUCCCGUUCCACCUCACUCUCCGCCUGAUGGUGCGCCUCCAAGAGAGCCGCUUGCUGCUACCGGAAGAGUCCCGCCAGCUCCUCGUUUGCCUCGCCAUGGUCGUCCACAACCUCUCGUUCUACCGCUGUCGCCCAUCAGCUGAAUAA